GUUUAUACAAGCGUCGCAUUUACUCAGAUCAUAUUUGGAGAAGAGAAGACGAAUUUUUACGUUUUAAAUUGCAAUGCUAUAUUCUUCAAUGGAGGUAGAUGGCCAGACUGGCUGGUAUGAUACCUUGCACAAUGAUGAGCCUGAUAAAUGGCAAGAGGCCUUAAUAUGGAUAAAGAAUUCUGUGAUUGGAAAUAACAAGCAGAAAGCUAAUGCUAUCAACCAUGGGGCUGUUCCAAGGUUAUUACAAUGGUUAGUGGAUGAAGAUGCCCCCCAGCAGAUAAGAACAGAUGCAGCUAUUGUGAUGGGAUCUAUAGCUAAAGGCACCGUAGACAAUAUAAACACACUAGUGGAAGAAGGCAGUGUCUCUGUACUAUUCAAAGGUUUGAGUAACCCGAAUCUUCCGUUUGUCGAGGCUUGUUUACGAUGUUUGAGGACUAUCUACAUGAGCAACUCUAAUUGUGUCAGCUUUAUCUAUCAGGAUCCUACAGUUAUACCUCAUUUAGUGAACAUAAUGCCGCAGUCGGUCUGUACACAGGAAUGCAUCACCCACAUUCUAGCCAACUCAUGCCAGACAACAGAACAUCAGAACAAACUGUGCCGGAGUCAGAUUGUACCUCCUCUCGUGUCACUCAUUGCCGGGAACGUUUAUAAAGUACAAAUGCCGACGUUGAAAUGUCUCGCCAUGCUGGUGAAGGACAACGACGAGACAAGCGCUACUGUUGCAAAUGCCACACAUAAUGGAGAACCAUUCCCAAAUCUUUUGGUACAGUUACUGUAUAGAGAUAAGACUUCAGAGAUGCAAAUUCUAGCUGCCAAAGUGCUAGCCUACAUGUGCCGAGGUGGUGCUAUUGACCCACAAGAUCAUAAAAUAGCCAUGAAGACACUGCCAUGUUUGAUCAGGAUGUGUAGUAAGGAUCGAACCCUGGAGGAGAACGUCGAGGGCGCGGAGACACUGGCGUACCUCCUUGAGGUUGAUGCCGGAUUACAGAGGACGGCAUCGAUAUCAGAACAUAUUAUCAAGACGCUGUCCGAGUAUCUGAAAUAUACAGAUGUACAGCAGAUUACUAGGAGUGGUAAACAAAGUGAUAUAAACUGGGGAAAUGAGAUGAAACAAGCAGCUUUUAAAGCAUUUGCAGCUAUAGGAGCCAACGAGGAAGAUAUUAGGAAACAGAUUAUUGAGACUGAGAAUUUAAUGGACUGUGUGGUGUCAGGUCUGAACAGCAGUGAUAUGAAAGUAGCGGCCGCCGCCAUACGAUGUUUACAUAGUCUGUCACGAUCAGUUCAGUUGUUGAGAACCACGUUUCAGGACCAUGCUGUAUGGAAACCACUUAUGAAGAUAAUACAAGAAGGUCCAGAGGAGCUUUUACAAGUUUCUACAUCAACAAUGUGUAACUUACUGCUGGAAUUCUCACCUAGUAAAGAGUGUAUAUUGGAUUGUGGUGCCAUCAACAUAUUGGUUGGCUUGACUAGUAGACCUGAUCCAGGGUUACGUCUAAAUGGAAUCUGGGGACUCAUGAAUAUGACAUUUCAAGUCGAGCAGAAAGUAAAAUCUCAAGUUGUUGAAGCUAUUGGAACGGAACAACUAUUCAGGCUUCUGUCUGACCCUGAUGCAAACAUAGUCAUGAAGACACUUGGUUUAUUGCGCAAUCUUUUGUCACACAAAAUGGUGAGUAUAUUAAAAGGAUUAGUUCUUAACUUGUGA